AUGUCCCUUGGCUUGAGGUGUGGCCAAAGUGCAGAUACCUGAGGUAACCUCUCACUAGGCUCCUCAGAGCAGAUGAAGCCGCAGGGACACAAGUAACAGUUUCAAGAAUCACAUGAAAUAUAAUGGAGCCUCAGCUGACGAAAUAUGUGAGUACCGUGAAGAUGGAGGAAAUGGCUCCUCGUGUCACAGAACCUUCAAAGAGCCCAAAGAUGUAUACAGUGGAGGACGCGGUGGAGACUAUAGGAUUUGGCCGAUUCCAUAUUAUACUGUUUCUGAUUAUGGGGAGCACUGGGAUUGCUGAAGCCAUGGAGAUUAUGCUUUUGGCGGUGAUCUCGUCCUCUAUUCGCUGUGAGUGGCAUCUUCAGAGCUGGCAGGUGGCACUGGUCACUAUGAUGGUUUUCUUAGGAUACAUGAUCUUCAGUAUAAUCCUUGGGCUUCUGGCAGACAGAUACGGUCGUCUAAAGAUUCUGGUCAUCUCCUUCCUGUGGGCAGCGUACUUCUCCUUGCUCACCUCUUUUGCUCCAUCAUAUGGCUGGUUUGUCUUCCUGCGGUGUCUGGUUGGAUGUGGCGUCUCAGGCCAUUCACAAGGUCUCAUCAUCAAAACAGAAUUUUUGCCAAAAAAUGUGAGGGGUUACAUGCUCCCACUAUCACAGCUCUUCUGGUUGGCAGGGUCCUUACUUAUCAUUGGUUUGGGAUCAGUGGUCAGCCCCACCCUAGGCUGGCGCUGGCUCGUACGCUUUGCUUCCAUCCCCGGCAUCAUCCUUGUCCUCGUCUUUAAAUUCAUUCCUGAGUCAGCAAGAUUCAACGUUUCUGUGGGCAGACAACAGGCUGCGAUGGAUACGUUGGAAAAAAUCGCCAAAAUAAAUCGCUCAAAAAUGCCGGAAGGAACAAUCCAUGAGCCAGUGUCAGAGAAAACUGGAAGCUUCCUUGAUCUUCUACACCCAAAAUAUUUGCGGACAUCUUUGCAAAUCUGGGUCAUCUGGUUGGGAAUCGCUUUUGCAUACUACGGUGUGAUCUUGACCAGUUCAGAGCUUCUGGAGAACAAUCUGCUGUGUGGGACGGGUCGGGAAGAAAUCCUAAUAGAACAGGGAGCCGGCCCCUGUUACUGCAACAUGUUAAGCACCUCCGAUUACCACACCAUGAUGAUCAGCACAAUCGGAGAGAUUGCUUUAAAUCCUUUCAAUAUCUUGGGCAUUAACCUAAUUGGUCGUUGCUUGACCCUGGGCAUCACCAUGACCAUCACUGGAGUCUUCUUCCUGCUCCUAAUCAUCUGCAUGUCACGGACUGGACUCAUUGCAAUUCUCUUCUGCCUUCGAGCUCUGGUAUCCGCAAACUUCAACACCAUCUACAUCUACACAGCAGAGGUUUAUCCAACCGUGAUGAGGGCAAUCGGGAUGGGGACGAGUGGCUCAAUGUGCCGCAUAGGAGCAAUGGCUGCCCCGUUUAUAGCACAAGUCCUGCUCAGCACCUCCAUUAUCGGGGCUCUCUGCCUCUUCGCCACCGUGUGCUUUAUCUGCGCACUUUCUGCCUUCAUGCUCCCUAUAGAGACCAAAGGUCGAGCUCUGCAGCAAGUCAAGUAAAGCCAGUCUAGAAGAGAAGAUUUUAUUACAACGGAGGAAGCAGACAUUAGUGGAAACCUUGUUAGUCAUACAGACCACCAUAAUGAACAAUGAAAAUAAAAUUCUAAUUCAUUUUAAUUCAAAAACAUUAGUUUUUUCUUCUGCAACAAACAAAAUUUUCUCUUUACCUCUCAACAAAUCAGUGCGAAAAGUAACGCAAUGCAGAGGCGGACAGUGAGCGAUCAGGAGGCAAUGAGACAGAGGAUAACUUAGGGAAAAAGAUUGGGGUAAUGGUUUUGAAUACACAGUUCAUCCAAACCACAUGGGGGUGGGGGGCAUAAGAUGGGGAGAUGCCAGUAUAAGAUGCCAUUAAGGAAGCAAGACCAUCUGUCUGAUACAGUGACGUCAUAGACACUCCACGCACAGGAUCUGACAGGUUGGCGCUUUAGUUCACCCCCAGAGAUUGCGUUUUAUUUCUUCUCUACUACCAAGAGCUCUGCUUGCUUUCAUUGAAUCAAACAAAUCUUAUUUACCACCAGAGGCCAUCUGACUUAAUAGUUCUCACAAAACAGGUGAGGGUUUGUAAAGUUGCAUCCAGUGAAGACUAUAAUUUGUGAACUAAACAGCCUGGAUUUCACAGCUGCAGCAUACCGACUUAUGUGUGCUUAUGUGAAAGGGGUCAUCCCAUUACAACAACAGUCAGGGUCUGACCGCUGGGACCACCGCCGAUCAGUAGACGUACGGCUGAGGACAGCGAUUGGCUCCACACCGCUGCUCUUUGUAAACAGACAGUGACAGGACCAGCGCUAGAGAAAGGUGGAAGGGGGGGGGGGGGGACACAACCCCUUGAUUAUAUCGGGUUCUGAGAAUCAAUUAAUACAUUAAACGAUAUCUGAGGCCUUAGCAGACCAAACACUACAGAUUUUUUAAAACUGUUACGAUUCAUUGGGAAGAAGCAGAGAUCUUGAAAACCUUGCUGAACAAAAGCUAGAAUAGAAAUCUAAGGUACAGAACUUUCUUGCCUCAAUGAAAAAGAUAUAGUUCUAAAAGACUGGAGUGAUCUGUCAGUUAUAAGGAAAGACCAUCUGCCAAGACACUACAUGCUGCUCCAUCUCCACAGCAGCAAGUGCCGCUCAGAAUGAAAUGCAUUAAGGAUCUAUUACAACUUCUAUGGAUGCAAACAGUACAUGACCUCCCCCAUGUUGCUUCGAUGUCACACUCCAACCCAGUAAAGUCUUGCAAGGAUAAUACUGACAUACAGGCCCCCAUACUGAAGUCCAUAGCCAGGGGGCACUCUCUCUGGCAUAUACUGACCAAACUGAUCUACUGCAAUCAAAAGGAGCAUAAACUAAAAAAAAGAUCCAUUCUAUUCGGUCCGGAAGAAGAGAAGGCAAAGUCACUGGUAACACUGGAUCAUCUGCAGUUUGUGUGUCUCCAUAUAAUUAACUCUGCGCUUUACCUAGCCUGUCCUGAGUUACCAUAUAUUAUGUUUUAUGCUCCAGUCACUUCUAGAGCUGUGUUCAUAAUUCUGCUCUCAGGCUCCAUAAUCAAUUUUUUUUUUUUUACUGCUGCUUCAAUGUCUGCCCUCCACAUGCCCUGCUGAGUUGCAUAGUGAUAGCUGUACUGUUUGCACCAGGCACCGUACAGAAGUGUGAUAAAGAAAAGCACCCACAAUGCAAUACACCAUAGGGCACAGUGUCUGGGUAAGCAGCCAGCAGAACGAGUGACUGCAGCAUCAGAAGUGACUAGAAUACAGGGAAAGACAGGUAAACGGAUUGUGCCACCAUUGUAUGUUAUUUAAAUUUUAUAACCCAUGAAAAAUAAGUUACUUUUGUAAAAAUGCUACAGUUAGGAGAUAUUCUAUUUACUUCAUUAUAAUGGCACCCCCUGGUGUUCAAGGUCUAUAGUAAUGUGCACAUCCACCAACUGAGGUGGUCGCACAUUCUCAGGUCCAUCCCUCAACUGCCGCCAGCCACAUCUACCGUUGUGACAAUUACAGGGAAAGGGCUGCAGCAGGAGGGACAGUCCCCUCAGCUGUGAUGGGGAAAGAGCAAUCCCCCAAACUGCCAGGUUGAAAUAAAUCCAGCAAUAAAUGGGUGAUCUCUGGAUCCAUGAGAGGUACAGGGCUGGUUCUAGGUUUGUUAGAGACUGUCAUGUACUAUAUGCUGUCUGAUUUAAUUUUUUUACUAUAAUUAUGACAUAACCCCUUUAAAGCUAUUAUAUUUCAAUUUAACCAAUUACAUUACACAACAGAAACCUUUAUUAUAAAUAAGAACUUAGUCUUGAUUUCUGGAAAAUUCUGUCUAUGGCCUCAUCUCUCUAGCGGUUAUUAGAGAAAGCUGUCCUUUUGGCAGCCAUCUACAUCAGAAACAUUCUGCAGGGAUUAAGCGUAUAAUUCAGAACUGAAAAUCUCCAGCAGAGAAUCCUGAGCCUGCAGCUACCAUAAACCUCAUGUAUAAAUGCCAAAAAUCUAGGACUCUAAAGGGUGAGAAAUGUGGGGAAAUAUCCGACUCCCUAAAAUAACCACAUAAUGAGCGCAGAUAAUACACUCUCAGAGCAUUAGCAUGACAUUACACGCAUUUAAGGCCAGUUUCACACUGACGUUUCUCUUUUCCGGCAGGGGAACAGCCUGCCGGAUCCAUACUACAGUGUAUACACGUGUGCUACCGGAAGUCCACCCGGCCGCAUUCACUAUAAUGGAGACCAGCUGGAAAUCCGGCCACAGCACUGCAAAUAUGCUGAAAGGCGGCCGGACAAAAAAAACGCUGCCUGCUGGUUCGCCAAGACCAGGAGGCUUUUUAUAUUGGCAGACCACCUUACAGGGAUUAAA